UCGGCACCGGGAGGCGAUCCCGGAGAUCCCGAUCCUGUCCCGGUGAUCCCGAGGGAAUUCCGCCGGGGAUGACGGCGCUGAGGGCCGCUGCCGCUGCUGCUGCUGGCCGGCUGGGCGUGCUGGGAGCGGAGGAGAGCGCGGGUGCCAGCCCCGCUGUCCCCGCUGUCCGUCUGUCCCGCCGUUACUCCGAGGCCACCCUGGCCAGUGACUACAGCCGCACCAUGGACCACGUGCUGCGCAAGAACUUCGUGGAGUGGCUGCUGGCCCGGCGCGAGAGGAACAGCCCCGCGGCCGGGACCCCCCGGGGGGAAAAUCGGGAUUUGGGAGCGAGCCCGGGACGGCCCCGGGAAAACCGGGAAAAGCCCAGUUUUCCAGCUCUGGAAGGCUCUGAGGGCUUGAGGGAAUUUUGGGAGCAGGAAUUCCUGAGGUGGCUGAGCUCGGGCCAGCUCUGCGGGGCCACGGCCACCUAACUGCAGGAUUUCCAUGGAAUUCCCACGGGCACGGCGGGAGGAGCGGGAAUUUCCUGAGGGGGGGGAAAAAAGAAUUAAUAAUAAUAAUUAUUAAUAAUUAAAAAUUAUUCAUAA